AUGCUGAAGAAGGAGAUAGCACCAAACCAACCUAUUUAUGAUAACCAGCCGCCUAGUGCUGAAGAAGGAGAUAGCGCCAAACCAAGUAGAGUAUCGCCCUACAUGAAUAGACCCGCUACGCGGGCCAGACCCAACAAAUUUAACUUACCUCAUCCUUUGAUUGCUCCACGUGAUUGUGGUAAACCACUUCUAAACCAAAGAAUUGCCCGACUACCCUGGCAAUCAGCUUCUUUAUCACCCAUGGAUGACUGUGAUAUUGGAAAUGCGGGUAAAAGCCUAUUUAUGAUAACCAACCUGAGUGUUGAAGAAGGAGAUAGCACCAAGCCUAGUACAAUAUAA